AUGGGCCAACCCGAGGAUUACGAUGAAAAGGAAACGGCAAACUCUGUUCGUCACGAAUCUUUGGCUGCGCCCGUCGAGGAAGAUUGUAUUGCACCUGAAGCUAUUGGAACGGAUAAUCUUCCUGAUGGCUACUUCACAAGCUGGAAGUUUAUCGGAACGAUCUUGGGUGUAUCGCUCAUGAACAUCAGCUUGUACGUCAGCUACGUCAUGCCAGUGAAUUUCUUGUCUAUCAUAAAUGCUGACAUCGGCCCGGAUCCAAAGUACGUGCUCAUUCCAAUCACAAAGACUCUCGGUCGUGGUGUUGGUGUCCUAUUGGUAGGACGUCUGGGUGACAUCUUCGGCCGUCGGUGGUUUUUAAUCGGGGGCCAGACUCUGGGUGUGAUCGGUGCCGCUAUAGGUGCCACCGCGCAAAGUAUCAACGUAUUAAUUGGAUCAACAGCUUUCAUUGGUAUUGCGGGAGCAGUCCAGUUAACAUUUUUCGUUGUGGUCCAAGUGCUUGUGCCCAACAAGCAUCGAGGCCUCUGGGUCGGGAUCCAGUUUAUCUUAUCCUUCCCAUUCGCUUGCUUCGGCCCGAUAAUGGCGCGGUCCCUCGUCUUACAUACGGCAAUUGGAUGGCGUUGGUGCUACUAUCUUGACUACGGGCUUCUUCGUAAAGGCCAGCCUCUCAGCCGGGAACUACGAAGGUUAGACUACAUAGGUCUCACCCUCUACUGCGGCGGCUUGAUCGUGCUACUCCUAGGAAUCACCUGGGGUGGAUCAGUACAUCUGUGGACAUCUGGCAAAGUGAUCGGUAACCUGGUCGGCGGGUUCGUUUCAAUCGUUCUCUUCGGCAUCUAUGAGACAUUCUUGCCAUUCAAGAACGUGCAUCCAUUGAUACCAGUCAAAGUAUUCCGGAGCAAGGAUUUCCUGGCCUUGUGUGGAACGGGAUCGGUGGCCACAAUGACAUACUAUAGCAUGAAUCUGCUCUGGCCGACGAUGGUCACCGCCUUAUUUACAACCGACAUCAUCCUCGUGGGAUGGUAUUCCUGUGUUCUUGGAGGCGGAGUCGCCCUUGGACAGAUUUUCGCAAGUGUCACGAUGCGAUUGUUCGGCCGGCCGCUGAAGGUUCAUUGGCAAAUUCGACUUGCCGCAAUCGGCAUGGCAGCCUUUGUCGCGUCCAUGGCUUCGGUGACAGCAUCGAGACUGAACUUGGCGCUCGUGCUCAUGUCUUUGGCCUCGUUCAGCGUUGGCUAUGUCGAGCUAAUCUCCCUAGUUCUCGUGCCGUUUACAGCACCACCAGGCGACAUUGGCUUGGCCUCAGGGUUUCAAUCUACUGUACGUGGAAAUAUGGGAACCAUUGCAACCGCUAUAUACAGCACCGUUCUAGCGAAUCGCAAUGCUGUCAAUAUCCCGAAAGAAGUCGCCUCUGCAGUUAUCCGCGCCGGCCUUGCUGCCAAGGAUGUCCCUUCUGCUGUUGCAGCUGCUGAACUUGGAACGCCAUCAGCGUUUGCGAAAAUUCCUGACCUGAUACCAACGAUCAGAGCAGCAAUAGUCGAGGCCACCAAGGUGGCAAAGGCCCAGAGCUUUCGCUACAUGUUCCUCAUUACCAUCUCGUUUAGCGUUCCCGCGGUUCUCGGCUCAUUUUUCGUGGGAAACAUGGAUGGACAUCUGAACAAUGAGGUGGCAAGGAAAUUACAAGGUAUUGGGGAUCGUAAAAAAGACAGGAGAAAAUGUAGAUUUUGUAGUAUAUCCACAUUAUCUCGGCUGUGA